GACUUUGUCAACUUGACUCUGUAAGCUUGAACUGUGUGAAGACGAAGACGAAGACGAAGAAGAAGAAGAAGAAGUCACUCGUUCCUUGAAAAUCAUGCGAUCAAUGCUUUAUCUUUAUAUUCUUAACUAGAAAUAAAAUCGUCCUUUUGAUUAUCUUUCAACCCCACCAACCUUUCUUUAGGGCUUCACGUUUCUUGUAUUUUCUUUUUUUCUCUCUUUUCUCAUUCAAUCCAUCAUUGUUCUGCAAAAAAUCAACAAGCAUUUUCCAAUGGAGAACCAUAAUUCACUCAAGAGAAGCUCUGAUCAGAUGAGCUCUUCAACCCCACUUGAUGUGGGCUCCGAUGGUCUUGAUCAUGCUGUUCAUGACCCUUCCUCUUCUACUAGUUCUAAGAACUUCAACCCCAGAAAGUAUCAAUUGAAGGUAUUUGAAGUUGCCAAGAAGAGGAACACAAUAGCAGUUUUAGAGACAGGAGCCGGGAAGACUAUGAUAGCUGUCAUGCUGAUAAAAGACAUUGCGCAAGCUAUCAAGUCUAACGGUCAAAAGAAGUUGAUUAUUUUCUUGGCUCCAACUGUUCACCUUGUUCAUCAACAAUAUGAUGUUAUCAAGAUUAAUACAGAUUGUAAAGUAGAAGAGUACUAUGGAGCCAAGGGAGUUGAUGAAUGGACUUUGGACUGCUGGAAGAAAGAAAUUAAUCAGAAUGAUGUAUUGGUUAUGACCCCACAAAUCCUCUUGGAUGUGUUGAGGAAGGCAUUCUUGAGGCUAGAGAUGGUAUGCUUCAUCAUAAUAGAUGAGUGCCAUCAUGCUACUAAGAAUCAUCCAUAUGCAAAAAUUAUGAAGGAAUUUUAUCACAAAUCUAAUAGCAAGCCAAAGGUUUUUGGAAUGACAGCAUCACCUGUGGUAAGAAAAGGUGUCUCAUCAGUGAUGGAUUGUGAGGGUCAAAUAUCAGAACUUGAAAGCAUCUUGGAUUCUCAGGUUUAUACCAUUGGGGACAGGACAGAGAUGGAAGUAUAUGUUCCCUCUGCAGUUGGAAGUUGUAAAUUUUAUGACCAAUCAAGCUUUAAUAGUUUGAAUUUGAAAACAAAAAUGGAAAUUUCAUGGUCUAAGUUUGAUGUCUCACUAUCAAAGUUGCAAGGGUCAGUGCAAAAUUCUUACAAAGAUAUGGAUGAUAAGCAUAAGACUCUUCGAAAGCAGCUGUCCAAUUAUCAUGCGAAGAUUUUAUAUUGCCUAGAUGAACUUGGCCUUAUAUGUGCGUAUGAGGCUGUUAAAGUCUGUCUGGAGAAUGUCCCGAAUGCCCAAGACGAGUGCGAAAUUUAUAGAGAAAGUUCAUUGCAGUGUAAAUAUUUUCUUGAGGAAAUAUUGUGUAUAAUUGGGGGAUCUUUGCCUCUGGGUGAUAAAAAUUUUUUGGAUUUUGGUUUUGACUAUUCAAAGGCAGUAGAUUUGGGCUACAUCUCUCCAAAAUUGCAUGAACUUCUUCAACUAUUCCGAUCAGUUGGGGGAGCUACACAAGUAUUAUGCCUCAUUUUUGUGGAAAGAAUUAUUGCAGCUAAAGUAGUUGAAAGGUUUGUGAAGAAAGUAAACUAUUUGGCUCAUUUAACAGUUUCAUAUUUGACUGGAAGUAAUACAUCAGUUGAUUCUCUUGCACCAAAUAAGCAAAAAGAAAUCUUGGAAUCAUUUCGGAGCGGAAAGGUCAAUCUAUUGUUUGCUACUGAUGUGGUAGAGGAGGGAAUUCAUGUACCAAACUGCUCUUGUGUUAUCCGUUUUGACCUGCCCAAGACAGUCCGUAGUUAUGUUCAGUCCCGUGGACGAGCUCGGCAAAAUAACUCCCAGUUCAUCUUAAUGCUUGAGCGGGGAAACAUUAAACAAAGAGAUAGACUUUUUGAUGUCAUUAGGAGUGAACAAUCGAUGACAGAUACAGCUGUGAGUAGAGACCCUGAUUCAUGCGUUCUGAAAGCAUGUACCUUGGGAACAAUGAAUGCCUAUGUUGUGGAUGUAACUGGAGCAUCAGUAACUUCAGAUUCCAGUGUCAAUCUCAUACAUCGAUACUGUGAAAAGCUCCCUAGUGACAAGUACUACACACCAAAGCCAAUCUUUAAGUACAAAUCCUCUGAAAAGUCUUAUGAGUGUGAAGUGACGCUACCUUCAAAUGCGCCUUUCCAAACAAUAUCUGGUCCUCCAAGCAGAAACAAAAACUUAUCAAAGCAGUUUGUGUGCUUGGAAGCAUGUAAAAAGCUGCAUCAAAUGGGUGCUCUGAAUGAUCAUCUUCUCCCCUUCAUUGAAGAACCUUCUGAAAACAAUCUUAAUGUAAAAAAGAAUCCAGGUGCAGGAAGAAAGAAAAGGAAGGAACUGCAUGGGACAAUUCCUAUUCGUGCAUUAUCUGGUACCUGGAGAGAAAAAGUUGACGGUGUUGUUUUACAUGCCUAUAAAUUUGACUUCACCUGUAAUAUUGCUAGUGAGAUUUACUCUGGAUUUAUGUUUCUUAUUGAGUCAAAACUUGAUGAUGAUGUGGGAAAUUUUGAAUUGGAGCUGUAUUUGGUCUCAAAAACCGUUAAGGCUACUGUUUCGUCGUGUGGGAAAGUGCAUUUGGAUGCAGAACAGAUGACCAAAGCAAAGUGCUUUCAGGAAUUUUUCUUCAAUGGCUUGUUUGGAAGGUUGUUUGUUAAAUGCAAAUCAUCUGGAAAAAAUAGAGAAUUUUUACUUCAGAGAGAAACAAAAUCACUGUGGAGUCCAUCAAACAUGUAUUUGCUUCUACCAUUGGAGAUUUUGAGCAUUUCUGGUCAGGAAUCUUGGAGAAUAAACUGGACUGGAAUUAAUGCAUGUGCUGCUGUGGUAGAAUUUUUAAAGAAAAACUCUUAUUUGGGUUCUAAUCAGUCCAAUGGUUAUGAAGGAAAUUCGUCACCUUGUAGGAUCAACUCCUCUCAGAUAGAAAGCAACAGUGCAGAUAUAAUCCACUUUGCUAAUUGUUCUGUUGAUGCAAAAGAUCUCAAGAAUAGGAUAGUAUUAGCUAUCCAUACUGGAAGAAUCUACUCUACAGUUGAAGUGGUUAGCAAUACAUCUGCCGAGAGUCCUUUUGAUGGAACUGCUGAUGGUGCCUCAUCAGUAUAUACUACCUUCAUGGACUACUUCCUUAAAAAAUAUGGGAUUGUGCUGAAGCAUCCAGGACAGCCUAUGUUGCGGUUGAAGCAGAGUCAUAAUGCACACAACCUUCUUGUGAAUUUUAAUGAUGAAGGUGGCUCUGGUAAGGCAUUGCGAGCGAAAAAGGCACAAAUUCAUAUUUACAUGCCACCUGAGCUUCUGGUCACUAUUGAUGUUCCAAUCAAUGUCCUAAAAUCAUUUUAUCUACUCCCAUCAUUGAUGCAACGUCUGGAGUCCCUCAUGUUAGCCAGCCAACUUAGAGAUGAGAUUGAUUGCCGUUCCCUCCAUAUAUCAAGUUCCUUGAUUUUGGAAGCACUCACGACACUUAGAUGCUGUGAAAAAUUUUCUAUGGAGCGGUUGGAAUUGCUUGGUGAUUCAGUUCUAAAGUAUGCUGUAAGCUGCCACCUCUUUCUUACACAUCCCAGAAAGCAUGAAGGCCAAUUAUCUGCUCAGCGUCAAUGGGUUAUUUGUAACUCAACCCUACAUAAAUUGGGAGCGGAUCGCAAGUUACAGGGAUAUGUACGGGACAGUGCAUUUGAUCCCCGUCGUUGGGCUGCUCCAGGACAGCUUUGUAUAUUCCCUGUUCCUUGUGAAUGUGGGGUGGAUACUUUAGAAGUACCAUUGGAUGGGAAAUUUUUUACUGAGGACACAAAAGUUGUGGUUGGGAAGCUAUGUGACAUGGGUCACAGAUGGAUGGUUUCAAAAACGAUAUCUGAUUGUGUUGAAGCCCUCAUCGGAGCAUACUACAUUGGCGGAGGAUUGGUUGCUGCACUUCAUGUGAUGAAGUGGCUUGGUAUUGAUGCUGACAUUGAGCCCUCAUUAGUCGUUGAAGCCAUUACUAGGGCAUCUAUACAAUCAUAUAUUCCCAAAACCAAUGAGAUUAAGGAUUUAGAGAAAAAGGUUGGAUAUGAAUUUUCUGUCAAGUUUCUGUUACAGGAGGCCAUUACACAUGCAUCUGUACAAGAGUUCUACUGUUACCAGAGGCUUGAAUUUCUUGGAGAUGCCGUUCUGGACUUGCUUAUUACCUGGCAUCUUUAUCAGAGCCAUACAGAUAUUGAUCCUGGUGACUUGACUGAUUUACGCUCAGCUUCUGUUAAUAAUGAAAAUUUUGCUCAAGUCGCAGUAAGAAAUAACCUGUAUAAGCAUCUUCAACAUUGUUCUACUUUACUACUAAGUCAAAUAACAGAGUAUGUAAAGUCUUUUCCCAACCUCAGUGACACAAAUAGUUCAGGCCCCAGCACAAAAGCUCCAAAGGCUCUUGGAGACUUGGUGGAAAGUAUUGUUGGUGCAAUAUUGAUUGAUAGCAAGCUUAAUCUUGAUGAAGUGUGGAGAAUAUGUAAACCAUUAUUGUCUCCAAUCGUGACCCCUGAUAAACUUGAACUCCCUCCGCUGCGUGAACUGAAUGAAUUGUGCGACUCUCUAGGGUACUUUAUUAAGAUAAAAUGUACACAUAAGGGGGAAAUGGUGCAGGCAGAGUUGACAUUGCAAUUGGAAGAUGCUCUUUUGGUUGGACAAGGGCAGGAGAGGAGCACAAAAGCUGCAAAAGGAAAUGCAGCUUUACCGUUGUUGAAGAAACUUGAGAGUAGAGGAAUUUGCAAAGGUGUAUCCAAAACUAGGAAACUGGCCCCUCAUUAUUCUGCUGAUUCAUCUUCUCUAGACUUGGAUAAUAAUGUCGGCAGGCAGACGUCUAAUGAAGAUUUGGCAGAAUUAUCAGCCUGUAAAAAGCUCAAGGGAUCCGAAACUCAUGCCCCUGUCAGUGACUUUUCUAUCAAAGCCUGCAGUCCAACCAAUGCGACACCAAUUAUUGCACCUAUCAACAUAAAGAAAGGAGGGCCCCGAACCUCACUCUUCCAACUUUGCAAGACGAUGCUUUGGCCAAUGCCUACAUUCGAUACCACAGAACAUAAAUCAAGGACUCCCAUGAUAUUUGAUGAAAGUUCCGGAAAGAGAGAGGGGUUUAACAGUUUUAUAUCAAAAAUCACUCUGCAUAUACCUGGAUCUGGGAAUAUCGAGUGCUCAGGAGAUCCCAGAGCUGAUAAGAGAAGUUCAUUUGAUUCUGCAGCACUGCUCUUGCUCAACAACCUUGAACGACAGGGUAAAGUCAUCAUAAGUGAUUCCUAAAUCCUAAUAAGUCUUGACAGUAACUGAUAUCAUUUCAUGUAUUAACGUAACAAAUAGAAGGGUGGUGAUAUUUUUUCAUAAUUCACCAUCCUGAUCCUUGUCACCUAACUUUAAGUCACUGUUUUAAAACCUGACCUGAUGAGAGACCCGACAAGGUGACCGGGUCCCAGGUCAACCAGUCCAACUGGUUGGAUCGGUUGGUUGGAUCGAUGACAUCAACAUACUGACAUCAUGCUCAUAUAUAAAAGAUGAACCUGAAAAUUUUUAACCCAUUUUUAUUAUUCAAUAUAAAGAAGGAAAUUAAAUUAAAUAGUACCACAAUAGAAGAAAAAAACAAGAUGAAAGGCACGGAUUUACAAUCCAAAACAGCCACCUAAACUAACCUCAAAGAGGUCUAUACAAAAAAGAUAGCAGCACAAAACCUUUGCAGGACUUCAGGAGAACCCAAAAAAACCGCACAUGCUGUACACAAACACCACAGCCCCCAAAAAAGAGCCCAACACCCAGCAUCAUAAAAUCAAACUCCAGCAAAGGAUUGCAACUCCAAACCAAAGGAAUCCCAAAGCCACAAUUGCAGACUUCUAACACCGGAGAAGACUCCAUCACCCCUGAAAAGCGCCCAAAUCCCAGCACCACAACCGCAAAAAUCCGCAAAGGAUUGCAGCCCCCAACAAACGCAAAGACCAGCACAACAACUGCAUGAAUCCAGAGCAGAGAGCUGCAGAACUGAAGACUCCAGACACGCAAAAGAAGAAGAAGCUGAGGGGAAAAGCCAAUACAACAAACCCAAACAGAAAACUCUCAACCAAGAGGGGAACAAACCCAGGCACCAGCACAGAGAAAAAACCAAAAAGCUGUUGAUGUUGGAUGGGUGUUCUACUGUUCUGGUGUUUGUUUCUUUGCUUGUUACUCUACCAGUCUUUGAAAUUAAAGAAAAACUGACUGUGAUGAGUUCGAUCUCCUUCCUAGUUCGUUCUCCCUACUUGCAUGGUGUUGUUACUGCCGAAGUCAUGAUGAAAGUGGAAGUUGCACUUUGGAGAUGAAAAUGGAAGCUGCGGUUUGGAGAAGAGAAGAAAGAAAUGAAGCAAAUUAAAAAUUGGUGUUUUUAGGCAUUAAAUUUGCUAGUUAAUGAACCAGUUUAAGCCCCAAGCCGGUCGGGCCGGCGGGUUGACACUAUUCAGCCAGUUUGUUGCCGGUCUAAAGCAGAUUUUAUAUUAUUUCCGGUUUUCAUAUUAAUCCGGAUCGGAGUUAAGACCGGAUCCCAGUCAAACUGGUUGAACCGGUCGGUCUAGUUUGAGUUUUAAAACGGUAACUUAAGAUAGAGCAAUCAGGAAACAUGCUGGUCACUUGUCCAGUCAAUUAUUAACCGUGAACCUAGUGUAGGAAUGGAAGCUCUAUGUGCAGAAAAGAACAUAAAGCAUUACCCUCCAUUGUAUAUUUGCACACUUUUUUCGCUUUAAUGAAGCUGUACAGUGAACUGGGUUCUGUAUUAACAGAUAA